AUGGCUCCGGCCCCUGCUCCUGCAGCGGUUAAGCAAACGUCGAGCGGCGGCUCGGACAAAUCCACCUUCAAGCGCAUCGAGGACGAGGAGGUCAAGCCAUAUGUCAUCGUGAGCGACCUUGGGAAGGGCAGCUUCGCGACAGUGUACCGAGGGUAUCAUGAGCAAACACACCGACAAGUAGCGAUUAAGACCGUCAGUAGGGCAGGCCUUAGUCCCAAGCUCUUCGAUAACCUGCAGGGCGAGAUAGAGAUCCUCAAGGCGUUGUCGCAUCGGCAUAUCACAAGAUUGCUGGAUAUCGUCCGUGCAGAGAGGAACAUAUAUCUCAUCAUUGAGUUCUGCGCCGGCGGUGAUCUCUCGAACUACAUCAAGAAACGAGGCAGGGUGGAGGGUCUCGAAUACAUACCGUCUCCUGGCGCAGCUCCGACGUAUUACCCACAUCCGAGAACAGGAGGCCUUGACGAAAUAGUCGUCCGUAGUUUUCUGCGUCAGCUUGCUCGCGCUCUGAAGUUCCUGCGACAGCGGAACCUCAUCCAUCGGGAUAUCAAGCCGCAGAAUCUGCUACUGAAUCCCGCAUCACCCGAGGACCACGCAAGGGGUCAUCCCCUCGGUGUGCCUAUCCUCAAGGUUGCCGACUUUGGUUUUGCUCGGUCGUUACCUCAGGCUAUGAUGGCGGAGACGCUUUGCGGAUCACCACUGUACAUGGCCCCUGAGAUUCUCCGAUACGAGAAGUACGACGCGAAAGCGGAUCUUUGGUCCGUGGGUGCCGUGCUGUACGAGAUGGCAGUCGGGAAGCCGCCGUUUCGCGCGUCGAACCACAUCGAGCUUCUCAAGAAGAUCGACACCUCGAAGGGAAUCAAGUUCCCUGACGAGGACCCGCAGGCCCAGGCGCGUGCGCAGGCUGCAGGCGACGAGCUCAAGUCGGUGCCCAGCGACGUCAAGAUCCUCAUCCGGAGUCUCCUGAAGCGCGUCCCUGCGGAGCGGAGCAGCUUCGAGGACUUCUUUGGGAGUACUGCCAUGGCGAAGUCGAAGUUCCCGCGUCCGACGCCUGAGUUGGCCGAUGAUGGUGGUGUCGAGUACGGCCCGGAUGGCAAGCCUAUCACACCAGCGCAUCACAAGGUCAUCCCGCCGGAGGUGCUUGACCCCAAAGCGAUGAUACCUCCCAGCAAGUUCAACUUCAGAAGACGGGAAAUCGUGAGCGGAGGACCACAGGACGGGCCGUCUGGAAGCAGUCCUACUAGCAACGGAAAUGGUAUUGCCGAAGUGUCGAGAUCACCAGCGAGGUCGCCCCAACACGAACCUUCUCCUCUGCCUAAGCCGGCUUCCGGGGAGUCGUCCGAUAUACCCGGAGAGACUGAAGAGGACGGCCUCCUUCGACGCGAGUACGUUCUUGUGGGUGACAAGCGAGCCGUAGAGAUCAACCGUGCUGUAGAUGAUCAGCACUGCCCGACGACGGCCGCUGCACGACAGACGUGUGUUGCCCAUGCCCAUGCCCCUUCCCGACGCCAGGACGCGGUCGGCCUACCCGGACUUUGGGACACCGUCCCCACCAACGCCAACACCACGUUCCCUCCACCACCGAAUCCCAACGCGCCUGCGCUUUCCUCGUCGCCCUCCAGCGCAGGCUCGCGCGCAGCGUCCAACGCACUGACGCGCGCGUUGAACAUCGCCACCAAGAAGCUGUUUGGCUCGUCCGGGCCGCGGACGGCGUACUACAAGGAGUUCAGCCCGUCGCCGUCGUCGCCGCGGCGGCAGACCAUUCUGUCCGGUCGGACGCAGGGCCUGGGGCUGCAAGUCGACGGCACGCGGGAUCCGAUGGAGGAUGAACUAUUGGCCUCGCUUGAACAGCUCGCGCAGAAGACGGAGGUGCUGACGCAUUGGGCGGACGAAAUGUACGAGUAUGUCAAGGCUAUCCCGCAGAAACCCCUGCCGGACCCGACGAAGUUCAUACGUCGGGAGGGCGAGCCGGAACGACAUGCGGUGAAGCGGAAGAAUGCGGAUAUCCAGGCGGAAUACAACGCGAUGACCGGUGUUGCACUGUACAUGCUUCUCAUGUCGUUCUCGCAGAACGGCGUGAACAAGCUGUGCAACUACUACGAGCACUUGCAGAUGCGGGAUCCGGAUGGAGAAACCGAAGUCAGUGAAGGUUUUGAUGAAGCGUUGACCUACUUCGAGGACCACUUCAACAAAUGCCACGACCGUGCUGCUUUGGUGAAGACGUGGUUGCCCGCUCAGUACACGGGGCCGCCCACGUUCCUCGACCAACUCAUCUACGACCGUGCUCUUAGCCUUAGCAAGAUAGCCGCUCGGAAGGAGCUCACCAACGAGAUGUUGUCUCAUGACGAGUGUGAGAAGCUAUAUGAAGAGGCGCUCUGGUGUCUGUACGCGCUGCAGGACGACCUACUGCAGAAAGACAAUCCAUACAUCGAAGAGGACCGCGAGACAAUCUCGACGUGGAUCAAGCGGACAAAGCUGCGCCUCGUUCGGUGUCGUGUCCGGAUGGGCAUGAACGAACACGACCGGCUCCGCGACGCCAAUGCGGACGUGAACCUCUCUGAUGUACCCCGGGAGCCACCUCCAUGGGAGGUACCCCUCUUAGACCAGCAGGUUCUGGCGUCGCCGCGGUAG